AAGCAGAACUCCGGUCCAUGCAAACGGCAUGGAUAAUAAUGUUUAAGUAGGAAAUGCUGCAAUCGGAUCGGAUCGGAUCACAUCGUGCCGCUCAAGGCCAGAAAAAAAAAAUCACAAUAAAGGCACGUGCACCUCGCACCUGCCAUGCUCUGCUUUGUUUUGCCCAUCUUUUUGCUGAUCUUGUCGCUGGUCGCUGGCGCAAACACUGAUAGCAACGAGGAGGGGGAGGGAAUCCUCCUGUCGCUGGAGCAGCAGACGGCAUCGGUUUGCCUGUAGCCGUGUAGCGUGUAUAAAGGCAGUAGCUGUGGUCGAGUGCAGUGACUCAGUGAGAGGUGAGAAGGAAUCUGAAAGCUUCGUUGCAGCAGAGAGAGUGAGUGUUACAGGGAUGGCUGCACGGCGAGCUGCUAGGAAUAUGGGAUUGCGGCUUGUUCAGGUCCUCCUCGUCGCGGUGGUGGCGAGAGCUCCUGCCGCCCACGCAUGGCGCAAGGAGGGCCACUACAUGGUGUGCAAGAUCGCCGAGAGCUUUCUGACGAGCGAGGCCUCGGCGGCGGUGACGAGGCUCCUGCCGGGGUGGGCCGGCGGGGAGCUCGCGGCGACGUGCUCGUGGGCCGACGACGAGCGGCGCCGGUACCCGUGGUCGGGCGCGCUGCACUUCGCCGACACGCCGGGCGACUGCCAGUUCUUCUACGAUAGGGACUGCCACAACACGAAAGGGGAGAAGGACAUGUGCGUGGUUGGAGGAAUCAACAACUACACCGCAGCCCUGAUGAACACGUCUGCUCCAUGUAAGCUUCAAUUGGUUGAUCCGACCGUAAGCCUGAUGUUCCUGGCGCACUUCGUCGGCGACAUCCACCAGCCUCUCCACUGCGGCAACACCGUCGACUUCGGCGGCAACACCAUCAUCGUCCACUGGUACAACGCAACGACCACCAACCUCCAUCGCGUAUGGGAUUUAGACAUCAUCGAGAAAGCCAUGAAGGACUUCUACAACGACGACCUGAGCAUCAUGACACACGUCAUCAUGCAGAACAUCACUGAGGCGUGGUCUGAAGACGAGAGGGAGUGGGAGGCAUGCUCUAGCCGAGCAAAGACUUGUGCUGACAAGUACGCUAUGGAGAGUGCGCAACUGGCGUGCGACGUGGCGUACGCGGGUGUUGAGCAGGGCUCCAUCUUAGGAGACGACUAUUUCUACUCUGCGCUGCCGGUUGUUCAGAAGAGAAUCGCGCAAGGAGGGGUGAGGCUCGCUGCAAUACUCAACAAGAUCUUCGGUGAGAGCAGCAAGCCCCAGAGCAGUUGAACCCGGAGGCAUUAAGGGAGAAAAAGGGCAAGGAGUUGGUUGCCAUGAUCAAUCAGAAUAAGAUCGUCCUGUCUGAAAAUGUUAAUUCAGCCAUUCACGAUCACUGCUCUAUCGGAUUUACUUUCAGUUUGUCGGAGUUUCUUUCCUUGGGAACCAAAGGGAUUUUAUUUACGAUGUAGAUUUUGUGCGAAAUUUAGUACUGUCACUCACUGUGGAGCGUUUCCUGAACUGGACACUUCUUGCGUUCCUCCAAUUGGUGGAUUCAGGGAAAGGUUUCAGGCUGCGACAUAGAUCUGGCAAUUGCCAAGUGAAAGUGGCAUUUUCCCAAAGAACGGCCAAGAGCAACAUUAGCCUAACAUUUGCGCAAGAAAAUAUGUGGUAGCAAUAGUUGCAAGUCAUGAGUGGUGCGAAAUACAUAAUAUGUACUUAUAACUCUUCUUUACUA